AUGGCGCAAGCCCCAGCCCCCCCUAAUGCGAAAACCAUCUACGACCUUGAUCAGAAAGGCGAAUACGAUGAAUGCUACAACAAAUUGAAAGACCCAACAACCGGAAACUUCGCCGUCAGCUUUGACAAGAAUGAGGCGAAAUGUGCAGUUGACCUCGAUGAAGCGACAGUCCUGUCGUGGCUGGAAAACGAUUCUCGUCCGGCGAACAAAACAUUAUGGUUGAACUUUUGGCUUUCGGGCGCGCAACGAGCGACUAUCAAAGCCAUUGCGGCCAAAUAUGAGCUUUCACCUAGGUUGACGGGACUGCUAUGCCCGCCCGAAUCUCCCGCCCCGAAAUCUGGGACCGCCGGUUCAACUACGACGGCGACGGACAGCUCCGAUGAUUCCUCAGCGGGAUCGACCGCGAAACCUGGCAAAGGCUCGCAUACUACUCAGGUGGAUGAGGAGAAAGGCAUGACUCCAGGAUCUCAAACACUCCAGCAGCCGGCCGGAGGUGCUGCUGGAUUCGAGAAGCCGAUAUCAUUUGGUGAUGUCGUCAACGACCUAUGGCAUUUCAAUUCAGUGGACUUUGGCAGCCAUUACAUUUAUGUGGGCUUCAACGCCUUGUUCACCGUCCCGGGUCUGGAGCGCAGCCAGGACGACAAGCCAUCUGGUAUUCGAAUCUGGUCAUCACUCUUGAUUUGUGACGAUGGCACAAUAGUCUCAGUCUUCCAACGUCCCGACAUUAACCGACCGGAGGCUCACGCGGCCGCAAGACAAAAUGCUUUGAAUGUCUUUAAGCACUUGUCAAAACAGCACAUCCACGAUCCCGCUCUUGAUGCUUUGAUGAAAGUCGGAGUCAGGUGGUAUGAACAUUCCAAAAAGUCCGACGAUGCCAGCUAUGCCACCGAGGCUGCGAGCCUGCUCUUCUACUACCUCUUCGACGACUGGCGCACGACCUAUUCUCUAAUCGCGCGACGUGCACAUCCAUACCGGACCAAGCUGGAAAACUUGCGAAAAGGCAUGCUCGAAUCAGCCGAGGUCAAUCUGAUUUCUCAGAUUCAUAAUUUGGGACGGCAGUUGACCGUGUUAAAGUUGAUGUAUCAGAGUUAUGAGCAUAUUGUCUCGCGUCUUCUCUAUUGGUCACGAGCCAAAAAGGACACCAAUCUCGCGAUGCUGUCCUCCAGACCGACAUUGCCUUCCCUUGACGCUGGCGAAUAUCAGGAUAUGACUUCUUCGCAGCUCGUCCGAGAUGAGCGAAUUUUCCUCGAGGAUGAAUCUGAUUGUAGGGUCAAACUGUACUCAUCGUCCAUUGCCCGUUUUGAGCGAUUGUUGGGCCGCAUUAGGUUGUAUGCCCUGACCGAGAUUGACGAAUGUUUGAACGAAAAGGAAUCGCUGGUAUUGAUGGUCAGUUGUUACAUUCUCCCCCUCUUCAGGUCUUUAGAUAUGCUGACCAAUUUCCAGAAUUUCAACUUGGUAGCCCUCAAAGAGUCCCAAGCAGUCGAGAGGUUGACGAGAACAACCAUUCUUCUCGCCAAAGCCACCAUCCUGUUCCUCCCGGUUAGCUUGAUGACUGCAUAUUUCUCCAUUCAGCUCCCCGAGAUCGCAGAGAUGUACUCGCUCAAAACGUACUGGCUCAGUUUCCUGGUUGUCGCAGUCCUAUCUGUCGCCUUCCUACUGGUAUUCGGUGUCACUACUCACACGGUCGAGGGGAAGACCAUUUACAAAUCGUUGACCAGGAUGAUCCUAGACAAAGGCAAGAGUAGCAAGAAAAAGAAGCACUAA